AUGACGGGAAUUGUGAAUCGGCCGCGAUGCAGCGAGUUUCCCGCCGUCGAAAUGGACUUUGCCCUUCAGCUAAUCGAAAAAACCGCCGCCAAACAAGAGCAAUGCACCAGAAACGUGCCAUUGGUGGAUGUGGCGCCGGGAAUGGUGUUGGCGGAGCGCAUAUUGGCGCCAAAUGAUAUUCCCAAAAUGCCGACUUCUAUGAAGGACGGUUAUGCGGUAAAAUAUUCUGAUUGUCCGGGAACCCUGAAAAUGGUGGGAGUGUCGAUUGCAGGCGCCACCAACACUAGAACGAUUCUUCCCGGCGAGUGUGUCAGAAUUAGCACCGGCGGUGUGGUCCCUUGUGGAGCCGACGCGGUGGUUAUGGUCGAGGACACCGAAGUCGAGAGAUAUGAGGGUGACGAGGAAUUGGAGAUUCGCGUCCUAAAAUCGGUCGAGCCCGAUCAAGACAUUCGGCAAAAAGGGUCCGAUAUGAAGAAAGGCGAGAUGUUGUUGGAUGUUGGCUGCGAAAUCGGACCGUCCGAAAUCGGAUUAUUGCGAUCGUUUGGAAUUUUUGGCAUCAAAAUUUACAAACCGCCGACGGUUUCAAUAAUUUCCACAGGCAACGAGCUCCGACGAUGGCAAGCGCAGGAAUUGGACGAUGGCUUCAUUUUUGACUCGAAUGGUCCGCAAUUGAAGGCGCUUUUCGAAAGUUUUGGAUUUGAAGCGAUCGAGCCGGUUAUUGUGGCCGAUAAGCCGGAUUGCAUUGAAAGCGCGAUUCGUCAGGCGGCUCGCUUAUCAUCGGUCAUCGUCACCACCGGUGGUGUGAGUAUGGGCGAGAAGGACCAUCUGAAGUUGGUGCUCAAAAGGAGAUUGGGACUGCGGAUUCGAUUCGGCCGCGUUUGGAUGAAGCCCGGCUUGCCGUGCACGUUCGCCGACGGCGAGAUCGCCGGCAGACAUGUCACCGUGUUCGCGUUGCCCGGAAAUCCGGUGUCGUCCUACGUUUGCGCCCAUUUGUUCGCAAUUCCAUUCUUGAAAGGCGUCUCCGGACACCGAAAAAUUCAUGCGACUGAGAUUAAAGUCAAGAUUUCUAGAAGUAUUAAGUUGGGCAUUCGUCCGGAAUAUUGCCGCGCUUGGCUCGAGCACAGCCCAAAAGAAUUAUUGCCGAUUGCGCAUGUCACUGGCGAGCAGGUCUCGUCGCGAUUGGCGAGUCUCGUCGGCGCCCAAGUGCUAUUGAAGUUGCCGUCGAAUGAGAAACAAUUGGAAAUAAAUAGUGGAGAGAUUGUCGAUGCUUUGAAUCUCCAAUGCCCGGUGGUUAAACGUCCGAGAGUCAGCGAAUGGCCCGCGGUCACGAUGAGAGAAGCUCUGGAUAGCAUCGAUAAAGUGUCGCGGGAUUUUCUUCCCGAGACCAAAGCCUAUCCGGUUGCCGCUCUACAAUGUGGCCGUAUUCUCGCCGAGCAAAUUCAUGCAUCCGAGAACAUUCCGAUUGCACGUGUCUCGACUAAAGACGGCUACGCGGUUAGGGCGGAGGAUGGAGCUGGAAAACGAAAAGUGCUUGGAGCGUCGUUCGCGGGAGCGCCGUAUGACAAAAUCGUUGAGCCGGGCUUUUGCUCGAAGAUCAGCACCGGAGCCAUUCUGCCACCCGGAUCCGACUCGGUUGUGCCAAUCGAGGACACCAAUGUCGACGAAAUUGAAGGCGAUCGCGAGAAAGUUAUCAACAUCUCAGUGGUGCCGCUAGCUGGUGAUAACAUUCGUGAGCCCGGAUCGGAUGUCGAGGAAGGCCAAUUGCUGCUGGACAUUGGUUGCGAGCUGGGCGCCGCUGAAAUUGGGCUAUUGAAUUCGUGCGGAAUUCAAGCCGUCGAGGUGUUCUGCAAACCGAGAAUUUGUGUGGUGAGCACUGGCAAUGAGCUCGUUGAGGCGGCCGAAGAGGCGGUGCCGCUCGGCAAAGUCAGAGAUUCGAAUCGUCCGCAGCUCAUCUCGCUAUUCCAAAGUCAAGGAUUCAAGCCGAUCGACGUUGGAAUUGUUCGCGACACACAAUCGGAAAUUGAGAAGAGCCUCCGCCUCGCUUCGCGUUAUGCAUCGGUUAUUGUGACGACGGGCGGCGUCAGUAUGGGCGAUAAAGACUUCAUGAAGGAUGUGCUGCGAAAAAUGGGAUUCCAGAUCUUGUUUGGCCGCGUUUGGAUGAAGCCGGGACUCCCUUGUACAUUUGCAACUGGUGAAAUCGAUGGCAAUAAAGUUGCGGUGUUCGCUCUUCCCGGCAAUCCGGUCUCGUCGUUCGUCUGCGCUCAUUUGUUCGUCACACCAUUCGUUCGCAGUCUUGCUGGAUGUGUCUCGAAUCAGCCGAGUGUCAUUAAAGUGCAGUUAUCGCACGGUAUUACACUCGGCCCGCGUCCGGAGUACUGUCGCGGUUGGAUUGAUUCGAAAUCGUCGCCGCCGUCAUCGUCGUCGUCGUCGUCGAUUCUUCCAACUGCAACAAUCACCGGCAAUCAGAUCUCAUCGCGUUUGAUGAGCCUCGUCGGCGCUCAAUUAUUGCUCAUUUUACCGGAGAAGACCGGCGAGAAGACGCGAAUUGAGCGCGGCGAGACCGUCGACGCUAUUGUAAUCUCGAAAAUUUAA